CUGGGAGCCGCGGAGCAUGUGAUGCUGCCUUCCAUAUAGGGGCAGGAGCAAAGCAAGACCAACUGAUGGACGCCCUAGGGCCAGACUUGCAGACAAUAUAUAACCUACUGCACGAUCUGAAACGCUUCCCACUUUCACAGCGCGAACAUCAGGCGGAGCGCAGCCGUGCUGGGAGAGCAGCCCUGGUGCAGGGCACACAGAAGCUCCUGGGGAGGUGGAGUGAGAUUUAGGCACUGAGCCCCUCUGCUCCCAUCAGGAGCCAUCACCAGACACCCACUGCCAUGUCCAAGGACGACGUGGGCUGCAAGCUGGCCUCCGUCUACAAACACAAGGAGAGGAAGCCCAAAAAGCCCCACUACAUCCCGAGGCCAUGGGGCAAGCCCUACAACUACAAGUGCUUCCAGUGCCCCUUCACGUGCAUGGAGAAAUCACACCUCUACAACCACAUGAAGUACAGCCUGUGCAAGAACUCCCUCUCCCUCCUCAUCGAGUCUGACUGGCCCUACAAGAAGGGCAACCUGCUUCACCCGGAGCUGCGGCUCCUGCACGCCACCGAGGCCACACGGCUGCGCGGGAGGCAGGACGAGCCGGAGACCUGCGACUCCUCGGCCACGUCGGGAGGGUCGGGCAGGAUCAAGCAGACCCCUGGCGGGGUUGGCCACGAGGAGAAGACGGCAUCAGGAGUGGAGAUCCUGCCUGCCGAAGGGGCUGGGGAGGAAGGCAGCCCGUUCCAAGAGGAGGAGGAGGACGUGGCUGGCCUCUUGAGGCAGAUGGAUGCGGGGGAAAAGAAGGAGAAAAAUGAAGAGGCAGGUUGCCAAGGUGAUCCAGCUGAACCAGAAGUGAACACUUUGGUCUUUGGCUUCAAGAACAAGAGAGAUAAGCCUUGCAAGGAGGUGGAGCCCGACUUCAUCAUCACGGAUGUCUUCUCUCUCAAGAACCACGUCAUGAAAAGCAGAGAAAUGGCCUCCCCGGACCUAGAAGCUAAGCCAAAGCAUUGCAGAGUGCCAAAGAAAUGCCUGGCCAGUGGUGGAAUCCUCAUGGAGCAGUGGAAACUGGUGGCAAAUGGGCAAAGGAGGAGCACACCUGAGGUCUCCCCGCCUUGUACCGACAGCAACAUCAUCCCAUGCUAUCCACCUCCAGCCUACAGUGACUACCACGAACCUCAGGGCCUCAAUCUCUCACUGCUGGGCAUCAACUAUCCCCUGAACCCCAGCCUGUUCUCCUACCUGAGCCCCACCAUGGCCAACAGUGCGACGACACACCCGCACUUGGCUCAGCUGCCAUUCCUGGCCUCCACGGCCCAGCUGAUGCACCCGCAUACUUCCCACUUCCAGCCCCUGCAGAGCCCCGAGCGCUCUGCCUUUCUGCCUCGCUUUUACUACCCUUUGCUCUUUGAGCACACCUUCAGCUCCACUGAAGGCAAGAUGUCAUCCAGCAAACCAGAGGCCCAGCAGCUGGUGGGCUCGGUCAUGCCCACACCUCCCCAAGCCAAGACCCCCAGUGAGCCUUCCAAACCAGGGCUAUUGAAGGUACCGGUGCUGAAACCGAGUUUUCCUUGGCCCAAAAGUGGUAGAGAGGAGCCAGCCCUUGAGCUCAGCCACGGACACAUGCUGGGGCAGGAAGAAGAUAAGUGGCUGUCCCAAGAGAAGGAGAGCAACCCAGAGCUGGGCCUCAACAACUUGCGCAAAAAGCCAACCACUGACAUCUUCCAAAACCUGGUGGGGAUGAAGGAUGGCACUUUUGCCCCCAGCAGCAUCCAGAAGGCAGAGCUGACAGCAGUGACCUGCCUGGAGAACAGCAGUCCCACAGGCAAUAACCUGAAGAGGAAGCUUCCUUCCAAUGAUCUGGAUUUGAUAGGAUCUGAAAUGCUAAUGCCUGGAAAAGUCAGCUAUCAGAGCAGUGGUUCGAGGGCCAAUGCCGGCCACAUCCCCAGGGCUCUGGAUCACUGGCACAUGGAUGUCCUGGCAGGCUGGCCUGAGGAACCUGAGAGGGGCAAAGACCCUGAAGGCCUGCCCUGCGCAGGUGCUGCCCCUGAGCACGGCCUCUGCAAGCAGAGCAGACCGCAAGAACCUUCUGCCACCAUGACAGACUCUGAGGCUACAACCGUGCUUAUUGGGGACCUGUCCAAAACCUUAGAGGAGUACCAGGAGGUGGAGAAGAAACUGUCUGAUCUGGCAAAGGAGGACACUCCUGGGCAAAAAGAGCUGAGGGACCAGCUAGUCAAAAUCCGAAGGGAGCUCUACCACAUCCACCAGGCUCUGGAGAGAGCCGCCAAACCCCACGAGGGGCCCCUGGACCUCUCGGUGAAGAGAUCCUCCGAGGGCCUGGAGAAGUGUCCGCAGACCAAGAAGGAAACGUGCGGCGUAGGCCUGGGAAUGGAGAAGCUCCACGGCAAAGACCAAGGGGCCCUCAACAAAUGCUCAGCCCCAGCCGAGGCUGGAGACGAGGAGGGGCUGCCAAGCUGCCUCCUGGAGGCCGAGAACAAAACCAUCGACCUGCUGAUCAAGAUGAGCCACUCCGAGAGCCUGCGGGCAUCCUCCUCCGAGCCCCACCUGGGUGCCGUGAUCAAGGCGGAGGUGCUGCCCCUCGCCGUGCCGCUGGAGCUGCGGCACGUCAUGGAGCCCUACUACAGCCGCACCACCAAGUGCGAGGCGGACUCCAGCGUCCUGCUGUGCUCUGAUGGCAGAUCCGGCACCACCCAGGGCCCUCCGCUCCCCGUCACCGCCGAGGACGGGCCGCUGGGCUGCCGGGCCGUGCAGCGCUCCCUGUCCUGCAGCCUUCCCGCUGAGACAGACGCGGUGUGUGCCCACAGCCCUUUGCAUGCCGACCCCUAAAUCCACCUGGCUUGAAAGCUCCUGGAUCUCACUGGCCACCUCAUGCUUGACCUUCCUAGUGUCCCACCUCCCCACAGAUGAAAGCUUCACCACUGCCUGACUCCAUAAAGUGUAAGAAACCAGCCCGUGACCCCCUCCCCGCUGUCCCUUUGGGCUCUGCAUGCUCAACAGCCUCAGCUCCCUGGUCCUGGAGCUCCCUUUGGAAGGGAAGUCACUAGCAGGCAAGAAAUGCGAGCUGCUAAAAGCAACAAGCUUUCUGUUAAAGGCUCAUCCAACCUUCUCAUCAGAGACUCUCAGGGACUUCUGCAACCCAGCUCCCAUGGCAGGGGAGGGAGACCACAAAUGGGGUGUCUGUAAGAACAAACCUGGGUCCAGAAGUGGUUGUGCUCAAAGAGGCUGUGGCUGUCACCUUUGUACAGAGCAGAACUGUGACAGCUUCAUCCCACGGUGGCUUCAGGGUCACAGAAGGGACGUGUUUGCCCAGAUGAACUGACCCAGAGGCCGAGUACCUCCCACACUGUAAAGACAAGAACAUCUUCCCAGCCACAACAACAAGAUGCAAUAGCCACCUUGCCUCAAAGCGUGGCUCCACACUUCG